AAUGAAAUAUUUAAUCAGUGGGUGUAAAAGACAUCGAGUUGAAGAUUAUCUUCAUGUUGUGGAUAGUUGGACAGAUUUAGAAUUUAAAGAGCACUUGCGAAUUAAGCGUAAUUUAGCAAUUCGAUUAAUAGAUGAAUUGCAUGAAAGUGGAUUUAUUCCUUCUCAUUCGUUUGGAGUGAGACCAAUUGAAGCGAAACUCAGCUUUCUUAUAUUUUUGUGGCACUUGGCAAAUACAGAACCUCUACGAACAAUAUCAGAUAGAUUUGACGUUUCAAUUUCAUCUGUCUUUCGAGUAAUUCGCCGAGUGACAGCUUGGAUAUUGAUAAAAUUAGACGACGUUAUUAAAUGGCCCGAAGGACAACACGUCGCAUAUGUUUGUCAUCAGUUUUAUGCUAAAAGAGGCAUUCCAAAUAUAAUGGGGGCUAUUGACUGCACUCAAAUUAAAAUAGAGAAACCUAAUGUGGAGAAUGCAAGAGAUUAUUGUAACCGGAAAAAAUACUUUUCUGUAAGCCUACAAGCUGUUGUAGAUGCGGAUAUGAAAUUCAUUAACAUAUACUGUGGUCAGCCAGGUUCUCUCCAUGAUGCACGAGUCUUGAGAAAAUCUGCAUUAUACAAUUCAGUUAAUGAACAUAGAGAAGUAAUUUUUCCAGAUGAAAAAUUUAUAAUAGGAGACUCUGCAUAUCCGUCUUUACAAUGGCUUGUUCCUCCUUUUCGUGAUAACGGUCAUCUUACUCCUCUUCAGACCGAAUUUAAUUUCAUACUUUCUUCAACGCGUAUGGCUGUAGAAAAAGCAUUUGGUUAUCUGAAAGGACGUUUUCGACGAAUAAAUUUUUUUUCGGAAUACCGUGAAAUGUCGUUUAUUACAAAUACAAUUGUAGCUGCAUGUAUCUUACAUAAUUUAUGUUUGAAUUAUGACGAUGAUAAUGUCGAUUAUGAUGAUGUCGAAAUGGAGGAACUGAAUGAUAAUAUUUAUGAUAAUGUAAAUGGAAAUAUUAAUUUUGGACAUCAAAUAGAUCGAAGGAUGUAA